AUGUUUUACCUGAUCGUGUGCCUAUCAACAUUUGUGAUCAUAUCCGAAAGUUCUGCUAAGGAAAUACUGUUGGGCGGAAUUAAAAAUAGUAACGUGAACGAUCCAGAAAUACAGAAAGUAGCAGAAAAGGCGAUGGAAAAAGUGAACGCAAAGACUAACUAUGAAAAUCUCUACAAAUUGGUGAAAGUUAUUGAUGCUCGUACUCAGAGUUCUAGAAAAAUGAAUGCAGCGAAAUGUACUAUCGAUAUGAGUAAACCGAAAAAGCAAUUCAAAAUUGAAGUUCGAUCAGCACCGUGGCAAAACAUAUUCGAUGUCACUUUAACAUGA